UGCAAGCCUGUGUGCUGUGAGCCUGUCUGCUCUGGCACUUCCUCUUCAUGCUGCCAGCAGUCUAGCUGCCAGCCAGCUUGCUGCAUCCCCAACCCAUGCCAGCAGUCCUGCUGUGUGCCCGUCUGUUGCAAGUCCGUGUGCUGUGAGCCUGUCUGCUCUGGGACUUCUUCAUGCUGCCAGCAGUCUAGCUGCCAGCCGGCUUGCUGCACCUCCUCCCCAUGCCAGCCGUCCUGCUGCAGACCUUCCUCCUGUGUGUCCCUCCUUUGCCGCCCCGUGUGCAGACCUGCCUGCGGUGCCCCCGCCUCCUCCUGCCAGCCCAGCUGCUGCCGCCCGGCCUCCUGCGUGUCCCUCCUCUGCCGCCCUGCCUGUCCCCGCCCGGCCUCCUGCGUGUCCCUCCUCUGUCGCCCUGCCUGUCCCCGCCCGGCCUGCUGUGGCCUCUCCUUGGGCCAGAGGUCCAGCUGCUGA